CCAGCCGUCUCCUCUCUCUCACGGUCUCACCGUUCCGGCGUUCCCCAAUCCGUACCAAAACCAAAUCCAAGCCUCGGCGGGCCGCCAUGGCGCCGCCGCCGGAUCUAGUAGACGACGCCACCGCCGAGAUCCUCCUCCGCUUCCCACCGGAUGACCCAGCGUGCCUCGUGCGCGCCUCCGUCGUCUGCAAGGCCUGGCGCGAGCUCCUCUCUAGCCCCGCCUUCCUCCGCCGCUACCGCGCGUUCCACGGCGCGCCGCCCCUGCUUGGCUUCCUCCACAACAUCUACGACGAAGGCCCAUGCGCUCGAUUCGUCGCCGUCGCCGCCGCCGACGCCACCGCCACCACCUUCCCCUUCUCUGGACCGGCGUUCGACCGCUUCGGUUGGUGGUUCGUCGAGUGCCGCCACGGGCGCGCGCUGCUCCAAACUUUCGAGCGGCAUGCGCCCGCGCGCCUCGUCGUCUGGGAUCCCAUCACCGGCGACCAGCAGUACCUACCAAUGCCCGUCUCUGGGCACCCUUACUUCUGUCGCUCCGCAGCUGUUCUCUGCGCUGUGGACGGCUGCGACCAUCUUGACUGCCACGGGGGCCCAUUCCUCGUCGUCGCCAUCGGCGGUUUCGAAGAAGAUACUCACAUUUGGGCGAGCGUCUACUCAUCGGAGACUGGCGUAUGGACUAUGUCAUUCCCCAUUCAACUUGAUGCCUACAUCGAGGAAAGGCCCAGCCUCCUUGCCGGAGACGCGCUCUACUUUAGCGCUCAGCAAGGCAAAAUGAUUCUCAUGUAUGAUUUCAUUGGACACAGCCUACAUGUGAUCGAUGCGCCGGAUAUGUUCGAGCCGACGGAGGGCAUUGUCGUGACCGCGGAGGACGGUGGUUUGGGACUCGCCGGAGUGAAGGAUGGCAACCUCCACCUGUGGUCAUGGAAGGCUGGUCCUCACGGCAUUGCGGAAUGGGUGCAAGGCAGGGUCGUAAAGCUGAGGAUGCUGUUCCCCAUUCUUAACCCACUGGCCUCACUCAAUGUGAUUGGCUUCCAAGAGGGCACAGAUACCAUUUUCAUUAGUAUAGAUAUGGAUGUCUUCGCAGUGAUGCUGAGGUCGGAGCAGGUGAAGAAGGUAGGCAAGACGGGGUCCAAAUAUGCCAUGGCACCCUAUGUGAGCUUCUACACUCCAGAUCUUGCAAAGGGCAGAUUGCUAUCACCAUGAAGAUGCAGUGAUCCAUCCAUUAACAUGACUGUGGUACUAUUGACUUUUCAAGGAGAUGAUGAGUCAAGUGUUUUGUUUUCAGUUUGGAUGGUUUAUGGAAAAAAAGUAAGGUACCAUGUUCAAUCAGAAAAGUUUAGUUUCUUAGCUGUGCAGUUUAAGGAACUGUAAGAAAUGAACUGGAUAUCAUGGUCAAAAUGUCUAGUCUGUUAGUUAAGCUGUUCAAGAAAUUGGUUGGUUUCA